AUGGAUGUUCCUCGAACGUCCGCCCAUCAACCGGCAUACCCUCCAAGUACAUCCUUUCAACCUGUACCUCCAUCUCAAGAUAACGAUCGAGAAGUAAACAACUCAAAUCAUCUCCCAAAGGAAGUCUAUGUCCCAAUUUCGCAACCAUUGAUGGGAACAUUACCGUCGACUUCCAGAGAACCACCUAAUGAUCAUAAUGAUUAUAGUGAGUUGAUCCUUUUUUAAAUUUAUCUUUAAAUUUUUAGGUAGCAAACCUCAAAAUCACGAAGUUCAAAGUGCUGCUCCAGAAGUCAUGAAACUGUUUCUGAACGGGGAAUUUGUUGAUAUACCCACUAAACUGUUUGAGAGUGUGAGUUUUCGUAUUUUGCUUGAUGAUUUAUGUUUUUUUAAAUGUCGCACUAUGUCUUUUGUCAUUAUUUGCUUCAGGAAGAAAUAUUUCGGUCCGUAAUAUCCCGGGGGUCGUUCGACAAGCUUUCCAGUGAAGCAAAAUAUCGUUUGAAGGUAAUCUUUAUAUUAUCGAUGCCAUUUGUUAUCCAUUUUCAAUAACUUUGGUUAUUUUUAGGGAUUUUUGCCCUCAGCCUUUCUGGAAAAUCAAAGUUUUGAAAAGGAUUUGGACAUUGCCUUUACAGAUGACGCUUUUAUUCCAGCUCCUUUGGUUGUUUAUCAAAAAACUAGAGGUAAAUUAAUAUAAUUUUUAUUUUUUGUGCCCAAAACAACAGAUUUGGCCUUAACUUUUAGCUGGAUACUACAAUCACCCUCAUUCGGCAGAUCCAAAUCAGUUAAACAGUUAUUACCGAGUACUUCAUAAUCACUUUAUUCGAAAUCAUAGUAUGAGAUUGCUGAGAAAACUGCUUUUGGGUAGAAAGGUAAGCUAAAAUUUCUUUGAAAUUUUUGUAUUUUUCUAAAUUUAGAAGCUGUUGGAAAAGGCUGAACAAACAGGAUUUAACGAAGAGCCCAAUCUGAAUGUCCCGAGCCUAAAAAGACCGAAGAAAAGGGACCUCCGGAUUGGUGAAAGAGCUGAUUUUAGACUCAAAAUGCUGAUGCGAGAGGCAAAACGAGUCUCAGGAACAGAAGGAGUGUAUAGUUCAGAUGAAGAGAAUGGGAAGGAGGUCCCGAAACCGUUCAAACCAUAUAACAAGGAGGCCAAAUCCACCUUAUAUGAGAGUAAAAUGGCCGAUUGCGAUCUGGAUUUAUAUCAACCGCAUUGCCUUCCGGAUGUAAAAGAGAUGCUAAGGCAGUAUAAAAUGCUGAAAGAGAGAGCUCCUGUGAGUUUACAAGGGACUUGGGAGUAAAAAUUUUAAAAUGUUUAUUAUCGCACAGUGCAAAGAAAAAUGCCUAGGGUGAUGCAUGUGUGUGGAUUUUUUCGAGCAAAAUAUUGAUUGAUCAAUAAUAUGUUAGGCAUCUUUUUCGGUGCAAAAUAUUUUUAAAAAAAAAUCACAUGCAGAAAAAGUCAGGAUGCAAGCGACGGCCCAAAAAGUCUAUUGCACGGUGCAAAGCAAGAAAUUGCACUGUGCAAAGUUAACUUUUGUUCUCGCACUGUGCAUGUCGCCAAAGUGAAUUCAGCGACUUUGAGAACGGAAUAGUAUGAGGACUUCGUCAAAUCUGAUUUGAAAAUUUUUGGCAUUGCUUCACAGGUCAUGUGUACUAAACUUGCCAAUUUCGAAGAGUUUCGGACUUUGUUGACGUUUAAUUUUUCUAAACUCUUGCACUGUGCACCCUAGAAGAAGGCCUAAAAUUUCGUACUGUGCCAAAAUUUGAUUUUUAUAAAAAUAUUCAGAUGUUAGAAUAUGCAGUAGAUCUUAUAUUGACAUUUUUCAGGACUGUCCCACACUCGACACCUCAGGAAUCACCUUGGAAUCAGUCUACGAGCGGGUCGGUCUUUCCUAUCAAUCCGAGAAAAACCACGCCAUAAAUGUGUGCGGGAUCACCCCCGAGAAACCCCCAGCGAAGAAAGCGAAGUAG